UGUCAAUUGAAUUGAACGUUCUAAACAGGUAACGCAACCCCAUGAUGGGAAGAACUGCCCUUAAGAGGGGUAGUUUACCGUUAAAAUCUGAGCUGCCUGUACCGUCCAUGGUUUUAAAUAAUUUAAUGCCUAAAUAUCUCCUGACUCAACUGCCAAAACAGUAAUUACCUGUUUAGUGCUAAUAUAAUCCACUUCGUAAACCCUUUUUUCUCACCUCGUAAUCUCCACCAUUUGCUUUUGCUUCCAAGAAAAUCCAAAAAGAAUCCAUCGAUAAUUCCAGCGUCAAUGUGUCACUCAAUACCCGCUUAAUCUCCUGUGGAAGUCCUAAAUCCUGAUCUUCUUCGGCCAAACUACAUUUCCAUCAAGAACCCUUUUCAUUUUGGGUACCAUCCAUGGCAAUAGUUAGAAAUUCUAGCUCCGCUCUUACAUUUCAUACUUUAGUCCUUGCGAAGAGCCAGAGUGGUGAUUUGAACAAGGGGGUUUUUGUUCUUCCAGUAUCUGGUCAUGGGGUUUCUUGGAAUGUGAGGCAAGUGAAGAGUGGAGCUAUUAGGCAUGGGGUUGUGCGUGCAGUAGCAGAAGUGAGUACUAAAAAAGAGUCUAAGAGUUUGGAUCAUUUGGGUUUGGAUAUGGUGGCAGAGGGAGAGCUGAGAGAAAAAGGGUUCUUGGGGAUGAGGAAGACGAAGCUGGUUUGUACAAUUGGGCCGGCUUGUUGUUCAUCGGAGGAAUUGGAGAGAUUGGCAAUGGGAGGGAUGAAUGUGGCUAGGCUUAACAUGUGCCAUGGCACAAGGGAAUGGCAUCGCAAUGUGAUUAGGAGGAUCAAGAAAUUGAAUGAGCAAAGAAGGUUUUGUGUUUCUGUGAUGAUUGAUACUGAAGGGAGUCAGAUUUUUGUGGUGGAUCAUGGAGCUCCUUCCUCUCUUAAAGCUGAGGAAGGUUCAAUUUGGUUGUUUACCGCAAAAAAAUUUGAGGGUUCUCUUCCAUUCACAGUUCAAGCAAACUAUGAAGGGUUUUCUGAAGGAAUUAUAGUUGGUGAUGAACUGGUUAUUGAUGGUGGAAUGGCAAGCUUUGAAGUAAUUGAAAAGAUUGGACAUGAUUUGCGUUGUAAGUGCACAGAUCCUGGUCUGCUUCUGCCUGGAGCCAAAUUGAGCUUUUGGAGAGAAGGGGUGCUUGUGGAGAGGAAUUAUGGACUGCCUACUUUAUCAGUGAAGGAUUGGGCUGAUAUUGAGUUUGGCAUUUCUGAAGGUGUUGAUUUGAUUGCUAUGUCAUUUGUAAAUGAUGCUGAUUCUGUCAAGCACCUAAAGAACUGCCUCUCCACUAAUUCUGCAAAAUCAAUUAAAGUAUUAGCAAAGAUUGAGAGUUUGGAUUCUCUUCAGAAAUUGGAAGAAAUUGCAGAGGCUUCUGAUGGAAUCAUGGUGGCUCGUGGUGACCUAGGAGUAGAAAUCCCUCUUGAACAGAUUCCAACUGUUCAAGAAGAAAUAACUCAUAUCUGCAGGCAACUAAACAAGCCUGUGAUCAUAGCUUCUCAACUUCUUGAGUCAAUGGUUGAAUAUCCGACCCCAACACGUGCUGAGGUGGCAGAUGUUUCUGAAGCAGUUCGACAAUAUGCCGACGCAUUGAUGUUGUCUGGUGAGUCAGCUAUUGGAUCAUAUGGGCAAAAGGCUCUAUCUGUCUUGCAAAUGGUCAGCAGUCGAAUGGAACUAUGGAGUCGCGAGGAAAACCGACAAAGCAAUCUCCACACACGUCAACUUGGAGAGUUAUUGCAUGAGCGCAUUGCAGAAGAAACAUGCAAUUCUGCUGUUGAAAUGGCUAACAACCUUGGAGUAGAUGCAAUCUUUGUGUAUACAAAGCAUGGAGAAAUGGCGUCACUUCUGUCCCGCAACCGCCCAUAUUCUCCCAUAUUUGCAUUCACAAGUGAUAGUGCAACUCAGAUGGCUUUGAAUUUAAGGUGGGGAGUUACCCCCCUCCUUGUUGAUUUAUCAGAUGAUAUGGAAGACAACAUCUCAAAAACAAUUGAUCUCAUGAGAACAAAGGGCGUGAUAAAAGCAGGAGAUGCUGUUUUGGUGGUCUCGGAUUUAACUCCAGCACGUGCAAGUUCAACAGCGUCCCAAUCAAUCCAGGUGAAGACUGUAGUUUAGGGGAACUUCUCUCCUAAUGCUAGUCACUUGUCUGUCAGGUAAGAACAAUAAGAUGAAGUAAGCAUAAGAAACUUCGAGUUCAUAGGAGGUUUGUGAAAGAUGCUUGUAUAUUUGAUCAAUGCUCUUAUUCACCAUGAUCAUGGCAUCACAGACUCAUUAAAGUAUAAGCAUGAUAUCGAUUAUGGCAUAUGCAGAAGGGGUGAAAAAAGAAGUUUGUUAAUUAAAUUUGAAGGUCCUGUUUUUCGAAGACUAUGUGCAUUUGUUUGUAUUAUAGUGAAUGCAUAAAUAUCUUUCAUCCA